AUGUCAACUUUUGCAUCUAUUAGAAAUCAAAUCAAAUCAUUGGAAAACAAUAUCGACAAGUCAUUAACACAAUUAUCCAAUUAUGAGAAGUCUUUCAAUGAAGAUGAAGCUUUUGAAGAUAGAAUCAAGUCAGAAAUCCAAACAAAUCUCGAUGAAACUCAAAAGUUGAUUGAAAAAUUAUCAACUAUCAAUGAAUUCGAGAACUUAUCAACUUCAAAGAUCCAACAAUUGACAAGACACAAAGAGAUUUAUUACGACCACCAUAAGUAUUUCGUAAGAUUGUGCAAUUCUAUUCAAGACAUCAAGAACAAGAAUAAUUUAUUAUUCUCUAUCAGAUCAGAUUUGAAUAAUAGAAGUCAAAGCCAAGGUCAAAAUCCUGAUUUGAAUGCUAAUGACUAUAUCUUAGAAGAAGGUCAAAGAGCCAAUGAUCUUAAUUCUUUUUCUGAGAGGUUAUUACAGUCAGCAUAUUCAACUAGAGAUGAAUUGAUCAAUCAAAGAAAUAUCUUGUUCAAUUCUAAUUUCAAUAUAUCCAACUCCAUACAACAAAUCCCAGGAUUGAAUGUUUUGAUCAAUAGAAUAGAUAACAGAAGAAAGAGAGACACAUUAAUUUUAGCUACGGUGAUAUCAGUGUGCAUUCUUUUCUUGUUCUUUUUUUAG